AUGUCCACUCCUAAAAACCCUUCACCACCCAAAACCCGAGCUCGAGUAUCAGAAGCUUCAGCAUCAUCAGUCGACGAAUUCGACGACUACAUAGACAUCGAGUUGAUUACGAGCCCGAAAGCCAAACCCGAAUUCGAGUUCCAAACGGGUCGCGACCCGUCCGCUUUCCCGGCCGACGACCUCUUCUACAACGGCAAGCUCCUCCCCCUCCUCCUCCCGUCCCGCCGCCAAAUGCUCCACCACCUCUCCUCCUCCGCUGGCGGCGGAGGUGGGGCCCACCACCACCACCACUCUGCCCCACCAACCGACACCCUCAACACCCCGACCGAGUCGUGCCGAGUCAGCUGCGAACUCAACCCGGACGACUACUUUUUCCAUUGGUCCACAGACCUCAACAGCAACAGCAACAACAACAACAAAAACAACAAAAACGUUAAUAAUGUUAAUUAUUACUACUCUCACUUGAGCCGGAAAAACCUCGCGUGGCCCAAAAAACUCGGCCGGAAGCUAAAAGCCUAUUUGAAGCCGAUCUUCACCGCCCGAUCGGCCGACGACUCGAAUUCUUCUCGGGAAAUCGCGAACGAGCACGUUAUAAACAACAACGCGGCGAAAACAACAACACCCAAAACAAUAGCUUCUAUAAUGAAGGGCACUGAACUUAAAGAUGGGGUCGAGGAGGAUAAUCAUAGGAGGUCGUUUUCGAGGGCGAUUAAACGGCAUUCUCCCGUUAAGUGUUUGUCUUCUUCGUCUUCGUCCUCUGCAUCUUCUUCAUCUUCUUCUUCGUCUGUUUCGAACAACUCGAGCGGUUCUAACGGGCUCGGGAGGAGUAGCAGCGCAACCGAGAUCGAGGGCUCGAUCGAGGCAGCCAUUGCUCAUUGCAAGAGGACUUUCGAAGGUCUCGGUUCAUCGGGUAAAUCGGAGACAGGGGUUCUUGCAUUCUCUGUUUCAAGAGAUGAUGUUGAAGGUUGUAAGAGAACAGGUGCUUGUAGCAUUUGA